AUCAGUCUCUUUUUAGCGAGGUUCAUUCCUGAACGACGCCGCUCCGCUGCACAGUUUCCAUGUUGCAAGUUUUGGCUCAGAAGUUUUGUCAAAGAGUUUGACUCACUUCAAGUAACACAGCAAUCUGCUUCACUUCAGUACAGAUGAAAGUUUGUGAGUUAUCACGGCCCCCGGGUUGAACAGAGAAAACAAAAGAACGGUUCUGAUAACGCAUCGCGGAGGUCAGAAUGAUGAGGCAGAUGCUGUUACUUUUCUGUGCCCUGGCCAGCUGUCUUGCCCAGGAGCCUGACCUGGCCCAUGGCUGCAGCCAUGGCAGCUGUUACCCAGCCACUGGGGACCUGCUGGUGGGCAGGGAGAAGAAUCUCAAGGCCUCAUCCACCUGUGGCCUGCGGAGGAAAGAGCCCUACUGCAUUGUCAGCCACCUACAGGAUGAGAAGAAGUGUUUCCAUUGUGACUCAAGGCGACCCUAUGACCCCGUAUACAACACUAUCAGUCACCGCAUUGAGAAUGUCAUCACCACCUUCAAGCCACAUCGCAAGAAGUCCUGGUGGCAGUCUGAGAAUGGUAAGUCUGAAGUCAGUGUCCAGCUGGACCUGGAGGCUGAAUUCCACUUCACUCACCUCAUCAUGACCUUUAAGACGUUUCGCCCUGCGGCCAUGCUGAUCGAACGCUCGGCUGAUUUUGGGCGCACCUGGCAGGUGUACCGCUACUUUGCCUAUGACUGUGCUAGCGUCUUCCCUGGCAUCUCCCAUGGUCCCCAGCGCAAGGUGGAUGACGUGAUCUGCGAGUCAAGGUACUCAGACAUCGAACCUUCUACUGAGGGAGAGGUGAUUUACAGGGUUUUAGAUCCAUCCAUCCCGAUAAAAGACCCCUACAGCCCUAACAUUCAGAACCAGCUGAAGAUCACCAACCUGCGUGUGAACUUUACCAAGCUGCACACGCUGGGAGACAACCUGCUGGACUCGCGCGUGGAGAUCAAGGAGAAGUAUUACUACGCCAUAUAUGAGCUGGUGGUCCGGGGCAACUGCUUCUGCUAUGGCCACGCCUCCGAGUGUGCCCCCAUCGAUGGCAUCAGGGAUGACAUCGAGGGCAUGGUACAUGGCAGGUGUGUCUGCAAGCACAACACGAAGGGCCUGAACUGCGAACAGUGUGAAGACUUCUACAACGACCGGCCCUGGAGGCCUGCUGAGGGCCGGAACACCAACGCCUGUGAGAAAUGCAACUGCAACGGUCACUCCAGCCGUUGUCACUUUGACAUGGCGGUGUACCAGGCCACAGGGAAUGUGAGCGGAGGCGUUUGUGACGACUGCCUCCACAGCACCAUGGGCCGCAACUGCGAGAUGUGCAAACCCUUCUACUACCAGGACCCCUCCCGGGACAUCAGAGACCCCGGCGUCUGUGUGGCCUGCGACUGCGACCCAGAUGGCUCUCUGAAUGGGGGGAUCUGUGACGGGCACGACGACUCAGCCCUGGGCAUGAUCGCUGGCCAGUGCCGCUGCAAGGACCACGUGGAGGGGCCGCGCUGUGACAAGUGCAAGCCAGGCUUCUUCGGACUGAGCGCCGACAACGCGCAGGGCUGCCAGCCCUGUCAGUGUGACCCCCGGGGCACCGUGUCUGAAGGAGCUCAGUGUGACCCUGUCAGUGGAGACUGCUACUGCAAACGUCUGGUCACUGGCCACAACUGCAACCAGUGUCUGCCUGAGCACUGGGCGCUGAGUCAUGACCUUCAUGGCUGCCGAGCAUGUGACUGCGAUGUGGGUGGAGCCACUGACAACCACUGCUCCAUGGAGACUGGGCAGUGCCGCUGUCGCAGUCACAUGACGGGUCGCCAGUGUUCCCAGGUGGAGUCGGGGUUCUACUUCAUGGCUCUGGACCACUACAUCUAUGAGGCUGAGGUUUCACACAUAGGCCAGGGCUGCUCAGUGGUGGAGAGGGAGCUCCAGCCUGGCCGUCCCCCAUCCUGGACUGGUACUGGUUUCGUCAAGGUUCCUGAGGGCAGCACCCUGGAAUUCUACAUCAGCAACAUUCCCUUCUCCAUGGAGUACGAUAUGCUCAUCCGGUAUGAGCCCCAGCUGCCGAAGGAGUGGAAGGAGGUGCGAGUGACGCUGGUGAGGCCAGGGCCCAUCCCCACCAGCAGCCCCUGUGGGAACACCAUCCCCGCGGACGACCUGCUAUCCGUCUCCCUCCCCUCUGCAUCCAGGUAUGUGGUGCUGCCCCAGCCUAUCUGUCUGGAGAGAGGAGUGAGUUACACUCUCCGCCUGGAGUUCAGCCGCUACCUCACCAGGGAGAAGGUCCCCAACGCCAGCAUCCUCAUUGACUCGAUAGUCCUGCUACCUCGUUACUCCUCCCUGGAGAUGUUCAUCGCCGGCGACCCUGCAGCCAUUAGCCGCAAGGAGAGCUUUGAGCGCUACCACUGCCACGACGCGUCAAAGGCCGUGGUCAGGCCACAGCUGAGUGACGUCUGCGCCAAGCUCCUCAACAGCAUGUCUGCCAUCAUCCAUGAUGGAGCUCUGCCAUGCCAGUGUGACCCCCAGGGCUCUGUGAGUUCGGAGUGCGACCCGCGAGGAGGGCAGUGCCGAUGCAAGCCCAACGUCACAGGCCGCCGAUGUGACCAGUGUGCCCCGGGGACCUAUGGAUUCGGGCCAGCAGGCUGCAAGCCGUGCGAGUGCAGCCAGGAGGGCUCCCGGAGCCGUUUCUGCGAGCAGUACAGCGGGCAGUGCCAGUGCCGCCCGGGAGCCUUCGGCCCCCGCUGCGACCGCUGCCAGCCCGGGUACUGGGGCUUCCCCAACUGCCGGCAGUGCCAGUGUAACGGGCACGCGGAGGACUGCGAGCAGCGGACUGGCAGGUGCUUGGCCUGCCGAGACAACACCUCCGGGGACAAGUGUGAGAGAUGUAUUAAUGGUUACUAUGGGAACCCCUUGCUGGGCUCUGGAGGGCAGUGCCGCCCCUGCCCCUGCCCUGAUGGGCCCACCAGUGGGCGACACUUUGCCGCUUCCUGUUACCAGGACAACCGCAACAGACAGGUGGUCUGCAAUUGCAACCAGGGAUACACAGGGAUGGUUAAGCGUUCAGAGGGGAUCUUAAUGCGCUCCCGUUGCGAUGAGUGCGCCCCUGGUUACUACGGCAACCCCAUGCAGCCCGGGGGACGCUGCCAGCCAUGCCAGUGUCACAACAACAUCGACAUCACCGACCCCGACUCCUGCGACCGCCGCACGGGGGAGUGCAAGAAAUGCCUUUACAACACAGAGGGCCCCAACUGCGAGGUCUGCCGGCCGGGUUAUUAUGGCGACGCCACACGACGCAACUGCAGGAAAUGCACCUGCAACUUUUUGGGCACAGACCGGAGCCAGUGUUCCUCUCGGGACGAAUGUACGUGUGACCGCAGGACGGGACAGUGCCAGUGCCUACCCAAUGUCAUUGGACAGUCUUGUGACCACUGCGCUGUCAAUUGUUGGAACCUGGCCAGUGGGACAGGCUGUGAGACCUGCAACUGUGACCCCAACAAUGCCAUCACCCCCACCUGCAAUGAGUUCACGGGCAAGUGUCAGUGUCGCCCAGGCUUCGGAGGCAAGACUUGCCAGGACUGUCAGGAGAACUACUGGGGUGAUCCCAAAGUGCAGUGCAGAGCCUGUGACUGUGACCCAAGGGGCAUCGAGACGUCUCAGUGUAAUCGGGUGACAGGGCACUGCGUCUGCCAGCAGGGCGUGUCUGGGGUGCGCUGCGACCAGUGUGCCCGCGGCUUCUCGGGGCAGUUCCCCGACUGCCUGCCCUGCCACCAGUGCUUUGGCGACUGGGACAGGGUGGUGCAGGACCUGGCCGCCCGUACGCGGGCCCUCACCGAGCGCGCCCGCGUGAUCCAGCACACGGGCCUGACGGGAGCCUACGAGAAGAACUUCCGAGAGCUGGAGGAGAAGCUGGCGCAGGCGCAGGCCAUCGUGAAUGCCCGCAAUGCCACCGCCGAGUCCAUCGCUAGCCUCAUGGAUCUCAUCAAGGGCCUCAGAGCCAGGAUCGGCGAGACCACCGAUACCCUGAACCAGCUGGAAGGGGAGCUGACCAGUGUCCAGGACAGCAACUUUGCGGCCAGCAAUCAGCUGAGUGCCCUGGAGAGGGAGGCUCGGGAGCUCAACCUCUCGGCUGGGGAGCUGGGCCACCAGCUGGACGUGCUGAAGAACUCCAACUUCCUGGGUGCCUACGACAGCAUCCGCGGCUCCUUUGAUAAAUCCCGGGAAGCCGAACGCCGUGCCAACCGAUCCACUACCGCUGUCCCCAGCACCGUCAGUCAGUCCGCAGAUACCCGCCGCAAGACCGAGCGGCUGAUGACCGAGAAGAGGGACGACUUCAACCGCAAGAAUGCUGCUAACAAACGUGCCCUGGUGGACUUGAAAGCCAAGACACAGACGCUGGACAUGAAAAAAAUAAACGAGAAGGUGUGUGGAGCCCCAGGGGAUGCCCCGUGUGGAGAAAGCCCAUGUGGUGGGGCGGGUUGCCGAGACGACGAAGGAAAAAGGCACUGUGGUGGCCUGAACUGCAACGGUGCCGUGGCAACAGCCGAUAAUGCCCUGGAGAGGGCCAAGCAUGCUGAGAAGGAGCUGAGCAAGGCCAUGGGCGAGGUGGAGGAGCUCUUCAAGAAGGUGGCAGAAGUGAAGACAAAAGCAGAAGAGGCGAAGGUGAGGGCACAGGCUGCCCUGGACAAGGCCAACGACACCAAGACCAAGGUGGAGCGUUCCAACAAGGACCUCCGCGACCUCAUCAAGCAGAUCCGGGACUUCCUCAUGCAGGAAGGCGCGGAUCCGGACAGCAUUGAGGUGGUGGCUAGCAAGGUGCUGGAGCUCUCUAUCCCUGCCUCACCUGAGCAGAUUCGCUACCUGGCAGAGGAGAUCAAGGACCGGGUCAACAGCCUGUCCAACGUCGAUGCCAUCCUGGAGCAGACCAAAGACGAUGUGCGCAAGGCAGAGCAGCUCUUGCAGGAUGCCAGGAGGGCUAGGAAUCGAGCAGAGACUGUGAAAAACACAGCUGAGACGGUGAAGACGGCCUUGGAUGAUGCCAGCCGGGCACAGGCAGAAGCAGAGAAGGCAAUACAACGUGCCAAGACCGACCUCGGCCAAACUGAGAACCGCCUGGCAGAAAUCCAGUCUGAGACUGCGCUCAGUGAGAAUAAUCUCAAGGAUGCCAUGGACCGGCUGGGCACCCUAGGCCGGCAGAUUGACGCUCUGAAGACCAAACGUGCCAACAACAGCUUGGUGGCAUCCCGGGCCGAGGAGACAGCUACCAUGGCAAGGGACAAAGCCAACGAGGCCAAGCAGAUUUUAGACGGUGAGUUAAAUGAUAAGUACAAGACAGUGCAGGACCUGGUGAACAUGAAGGGGAAGACUGUCCAGGAUGCCAAGAAGAGGGCAGAGAUGCUUCGGGAUGAGGCCAAACAGCUCCUGAAGGAUGCCCAAGACAAACUCCGCAGGCUGGGUGAGCUGGAACGAAAUUACGAGAAUAAUCAGAAAACCCUGGAGAGCAAAGCCAAACAGCUGGAUGGCCUGGAGGAGAAGAUGAGGUCCAUUCUUGAUGCCAUCAACCAGCAGAUUCAGAUUUACAACACCUGUCAGUAACACCCAGGCACUGACUGACUGCAGGUCCUGGUGUCUCCAUAGCAGGACUACAGACACUGGCGACUAACACUGCUGUACCUAUAAACCCCCUAGUGGUCACAAAUAGCAUCUGCUGUAAGCUAUUUGACACAGAAUUGCCUUCAUUCGCUCAUUUACAGUAUUUCAUAUAUACUUUCAGUCAAAAGAGGUUAUAAUAUCCAGUUUGACUCCUACAAAAUGUUUCUGUUGAUAUGAUUCAUAAGACAGUCAUCCUAGUUAAUGUUCAAAAAGUAAGUUUAUUGUCUGUACAAAAAAAAAUUCACAUUGAAAAUUAAAAAAAUACAUUAAAAUUGUA